AUUGAAACCUCGACACGUCAGAACCUCCGACACCAUCACCUGCGCGGUGCCUGAACAAAGGGGAACCAUUUCUCCCACAUCUCAGAUAUCUCCAUCUCUACCACCGCACCAGCAGACUUCAACCUCAAUCAUCUCCCAGCGCCUACUCACAGUAGCCAACGAAGUUCAAUCAGCUGCGCCCGACUUCAACAUGGACUCCACACAAACAAGCAUCCAGCAGCCCUCACCUGUGCAGCUGCACAACCUCAGCCAGAACAAGAACCUGCAAACGUCCCAGCCCAGGGUACCCCAGCCGAUGAACCCGCAGAAGCCUCAUCCCGAGACUGACACUUCGCUGGGCCUGCGCGGUGGCCGCAGCAGUGUGUGCCCAGGGCGUUUCUGCUUCUGCGUGCCGUGCCCGUUGCCUUGCGACUGCUGUAUCAUCUGAGCGGAUUUCGGGAAGGCGGUCUAAUGAAUAGAGGUGACUUUGUGCUUGAUGAGGGUUUAUAGGGAGCGAUCAGAGUCUAGAGGUCGGUUGGGCUUGUUUUCCGACUCAAGACGAGUGGCCCAGGGACCAGGGUUUGCUUCCGGGUUUCCUGGUUUCUAGAUAGGAUAUUAGGUUCACAAGUUCAGUUAGUCUUACGAUAAUAAUGGGAUGAUGACCUAUACUACG